AUGUCUAAUAUGAUGAAUAAGUUCGCUGAAAAAUUACAAGGUAACGAUGAUUCCCACGAGAAGGGGAAGAACUCCAAAUCCUCCAACAAGGAGAGAGAUAACAUGAACAUGGGCAUGGGUAUGGGCCAGGGUCAGCCCGAAGGAAGAAUGAAGAUGGGCCAGGAUCAAUCUGAAACAAAAAUGAACGCUGGCAGAGGUAUUGCAAAUGACUGGAAGACUUACGAAAAUAUGAAAAAAUAG